CGGAACUGUGGGGUUAUGGUUUGCACACCGCCAUUAAAACCCAAAGAAGAUGUGGCGUGAAUAAAUUUGAAUUUAGCAGCCAAUGUGGGCUUGCUUGCGGAGAUGUAGAAACAUCAAGAACACGAUUAUCUAGUUGCUGUUUCACUUAAAAAUGGACGAGAUACGGUGAGUUGAUGAGCUCGAUACAUUAACAUAAUUACAAUAAUCGAUGUAGUGUAAGUUUAGUGACAGUAUGUGAGAUGUGAUUUUAGUUCCGUUUCCAACAUUCUUUCGUUUGGUGUGUCCAUUGCCAGAAGAUACCAACCCUACCAUUAGGCUUGUUUACACUGAGUUGCACUGGGGUCGGAACUCAAUCAUUGUUACAUUAAUGCCAUGUCAGAAACUCGGAAAUGGCCAACUUGCUAACCUUGGCAGAAGAGUCGGAUCCCGAGUUUCCCACAUAGGUAUCAGAAUCAACCAAUGGGAAGGUCUACACAAACAACUAAAGUUAAUUUUAAUCGGAGAGCCCCAGUUUGACAUGACUUGAUAGCGGCAUAAGACACUUGGAGCAGGUGCAAGAUAUAGGUCUGAAAACGUACCUCAAUGCAGGGAUGGGAUAUGCCACUGUAUUCCACAUUUUUACCUUUGUCCUUUACCUUUGUCCACACAGCUCCAUCGAGAACAUUGAAAUACUGCUAGUUUUCCCAGAAAACUGACCUUUUCGUCCUCUAGCAGUAGCCACAGUAGCCAUUAUGGAAUGGCACGUUGCAUUGAACAACAAAGGUGCUGAUUGGCUGAUACUGCCAUUCCAAAAUGGCUGCGGUGGCUACUGCUAGCUAGCAUGAGGAAGGAAAUGGGAAACACGCUUUUCACGCCACUUCGAUAUUGAAGUUACUUUUUCGUAGCAGACUACGGUUAAGGUUAAGAAAAUAGUUAGGGUUGGCGAAAAUGCUCUCCUAACCUGCUACAAAAAUCACUUUGUAUCGAAGUGGCGUGAAACGUGUGUCCUGAAGAAAAGGGCCGUUUUCUGGGAAAACUAGCAGUAUUUCAAUCUUCUCGAUGUAUCAGUGUGGAUAAAGAUCAAAUUGAGUACAGUGGCAUAUCCCAUCUCUGCAUUGAGGUACGUUUUCCGACACAUAUCUUGUAAACCCAAUGCCAUGGCCGUCUCAGUCACCAGAUCUCAACCCAAUUGAACACUUAUGGGAAAUUCUGGAGCGGUGCCUGAAACAGCAUUUUCCACCACCAUCAACAAAACACAAAAUAACUGAAUUUCUCAUGGAAUAAUGGUGUCAGAUCCCUCCAAUAGAGUUCCAGACCCUUGUAGAAUCUAUGCCAAGGUGCAUUGAAGCCGUUCUGGCUCGUGGUGGCCCAAUGCCCUAUUAAGACACUUUAUGUUGGGGUUUCCUUGAUUUUGGCAGUUACCUGUAUCUCAUCAUAGAUCAAUGAAUAUUACAUAUUAUGCGUAUAUUAGCCAUUGAAUUUGAACCUAUUAGCAUCUUGCACAGUAACUAAUAUCCACAUAUAUUUCUAUUUCAGUCCACUGUUGAGCAAUCAGCCGUGGGAGGGCUCAGAUCUCCCAUCCCCAAACCUGAGACCAAGGCACCAGGAACUGAUCCCAACACCAUGUGGCCCGGUCAGUAUACGUCCCAAUUGUUCUCAUUUUACACAGAGUAGACAUUGUCACAUUUAUCUAUUCUAGCUAUUGCUUGAAUUGGGAACCAGAAUUUCAUUUCAACAUUCUUCCUGCACUGCAGAAAACCUUUGAAUUCCUAUAAAGAUAAGUUCCUUUUUGUGUCUCUCAGUAAAACAUUUUCUCUUAUCACAUGAAUAAGAAUGUAGGCUACAUUUUCACAGCACAAGAAGAAUGUUCCUUUGUCUUACUCAGGAAUUUGCACCCGUUUUGAUUUAAAAGGGCCCUAGGUGUCUGUGACUAAAGAAAGCUUAUAUGCUUUGCUUUCUCCUCCCCACAGAUAAAGCCUUGGUCAGAGCUGUCAUGCUUGGUGAAGCUUUACUUCUGCUUCACCAUCGCCUCUCUACUGGCACUAUUUGCCCUCACACUGACAAACAUCUACAGGCAAAGCAUGGCAACGUACAGCUAUGAGGACGACUUCACUGUAUCCCUCAUCCAACUGGUUGGAAUUUGUAAGUGGCAUGUCUUACAUUAGGGGUGAUAGAAAUGGAUUGUUAACUAAUGAUGUAAUCAACAGAGUGCCAACUCCUUACUGUGUCCAGACAUGAACACAUAAUGAAAAGUUCAGAGAAAAUAAAUGCAAUCCCCAACUCGGCUCACCCCAUGACAACAUUGUGUGCUAUGGUUAAAUCCUGAUUAUGCCGCCUACACCAAUACUGUAUCACACACAGUCUUCUUUAUGUUUCUCCAGUGUUCUGCAUAUACUACAUCACUAGGGGCAUCCUGCAGGAGAACAGGCAAGAGUUGAUAGUGUUUGUCCUCAGUGUGUUGGUGGUCAUGAUGCGGUCUGUGGUCAACUUCAUGGUGCUCCCUGUCCAGGAUAGAAAGGACCUGCUUCUGGUACGUUGCAUGUGGACUGACAAAAUUAAACCAACUCCUACAGUGGGGAAAAAAAGUAUUUAGUCAGCCACCAAUUGUGCAAGUUCUCCCACUUAAAAAGAUGAGAGAGGCCUGUAAUUUUCAUCAUAGGUACACGUCAACUAUGACAGACAAAAUUAGAUUUUUUUUCUCCAGAGAAUCACAUUGUAGGAUUUUUAAUGAAUUUAUUUGCAAAUUAUGGUGGAAAAUAAGUAUUUGGUCAAUAACAAAACUUUCUCAAUACUUUGUUAUAUACCCUUUGUUGGCAAUGACACAGGUCAAACGUUUACUGUAAGUCUUCACAAGGUUUUCACACACUGGUGCUGGUAUUUUGGCCCAUUCCUCCAUGCAGAUCUCCUCUAGAGCAGGGCAACACGGACUUUCAACUCCCUCCAAAGAUUUUCUAUGGGGUUGAGAUCUGGAGACUGGCUAGGCCACUCCAGGACCUUGAAAUGCUUCUUACGAAGCCACUCCUUCGUUGCCCGGGCGUUGUGUUUGGGAUCAUCGUCAUGCUGAAAGACCCAGCCACGUUUCAUCUUCAAUGCCCUUGCUGAUGGAAGGAGGUUUUCACUCAAAAUAUCACGAUACAUGGCCCCAUUCAUUCUUUCCUUUACACUGAUCAGUCGUCCUGGUCCCUUUGCAGAAAAACAGCCCCAAAGCAUGAUGUUUCCACCCCCAUGCUUCACAGUAGGUAUGGUGUUAUUUGGAUGCAACUCAGCAUUCUUUGUCCUCCAAACACGACGAGUUGAGUUUUUACCAAAAAGUUCUAUUUUGGUUUCAUCUGACCAUAUGACAUUCUCCCAAUCCUCUUCUGGAUCAUCCAAAUGCACUCUAGCAAACUUCAGACGGGCCUGGACAUGUACUGGCUUAAGCAGGGGGACAGUCUGGCACUGCAGGAUUUGAGUCCCUGGCGGCGUAGUGUGUUACUGAUGGUAGGCUUUGUUACUUUGGUCCCAGCUCUCUGCAGGUCAUUCACUAGGUCCCCCCGUGUGGUUCUGGGAUUUUUGCUCACCGUUCUUGUGAUAAUUUUGACCCCACGGGGUGAGAUCUUGCGUGGAGCCCCAGAUCGAGGGAGAUUAUCAGUGGUCUUGUAUGUCUUCCAUUUCCUAAUAAUUGCUCCCACAGUUGAUUUCUUCAAACCAAGCUGCUUACCUAUUGCAGAUUCAGUCUUCCCAGCCUGGUGCAGGUCUACAAUUUUGUUUCUGGUGUCCUUUGACAGCUCUUUGGUCUUGGCCAUAGUGGAGUUUGGAGUGUGACUGUUUGAGGUUGUGGACAGGUGUCUUUUAUACUGAUAACAAGUUCAAACAGGUGCCAUUAAUACAGGUAACGAGUGGAGGACAGAGGAGCCUCUUAAAGAAGAAGUUACAGGUCUGUGAGAGCCAGAAAUCUUGCUUGUUUGUAGGUGACCAAAUACUUAUUUUCCACCAUAAUUUGCAAAUAAAAUCAUUAAAAAAUCCUACAAUGUGAUUUUCUGGAAAUUUUUUCCUCAAUUUGUCUGUCAUAGUUGACGUGUACCUAUGAUGAAAAUUACAGGCCUCUCUCAUCUUUUUAAGUGGGAGAACUUGCACAAUUGGUGGCUGACUAAAUACUUUUUUCCCCCACUGUAUGUCUAAUCCAGGGUCAUGUUCAGUAGGGUAUACCGUAGCAAAGUGUUUUGCAACGGAAAACAACAAUCUGUGUUCUCAUUGGACAAGUUCAGGUAGUACCUCCCUGUUUCAAAACAUUUUCUCCCUACUGAACACGGCUCAAUUGUGACCAGAUAUGAUUGUGCAUGUGCUUAUGUCACAGGUGCGGUUUGAGUAGCUGCAGUAGUUAAUCGGUGUGUGCUUGUGUGGCAGGUGCGGUUUGUGUGCAUCCUGUGUGUAGGAAUGGUCCAUGUCCUGUGCGCCACGCUGCUCAUCCAAAGGCCCAACAUGAUGGCCUUCCGGGUGGGCGGAGCUCUGGAGAGCCUCCAGGAGCAGUACUUCCUGAUCAACCUGUGCUUCUCCAUGGUCACCUUUGAUCUACAGGCCCAGGUACCGCCACAUUCCACAUGCGUCAUAAUACUGACAACCGACAACCAUUUUCUUCUGACAGAUGGCACCAUUCUAACAUGAUCUGUUGCCUCGACACUGAGCAUCUGUGGUGCAGAUAUGUAUGAUUGACUUCAGGGUAUUUUUUUGUAUUUAUAAGGAUCCCCAUUAGCUGCUGCCAAGGCAGCAGCUACUAUUCCUGGAGUCCAAACAAAUUAAGGCAAAAAUAAAACAGUACAUGUAACAUUACUACACCACUACAUAUCUACAAUACAUUUAUAAUACCACCAUACAUGUGCUUGUGUGUGUCUCUUCACAGUCUGCGUUGUUCCAUAAGGUGUCGUUUUUGUAUGUUUUUUAAAACCUGAUUUUACUGCUUGCAAGAGUUACUUGAUGUGGAAUAGAGUUCCAUGUAGUCAUGGCUCUGUGUAGUACUGUGUGUUUUCCAGAGUCUUUUCUGGACUUGGGGACUGUGAAGAGACCUCUGGUGGCAUGUCUUGUGGGGUAUGCAGGGGUGUCUAAGCUGUGUGCUAGUAGUUUAAACAGACAGCUCUGUGCUUUCAACAUGUCUAUACCUCUCACAAAGACAAGUAGUGAUGCAGUCAAUCUCUCCUCUACUUCGAGCCAGGAGAGAUUGACAUGCAUGUCAUUGAUAUUAGAUCUAUGUGUACAUUUAAGGGCCAGCCAUGCUGCUCUGUUCUGGGCCAACUGUAAUUUGCCUUUGUCCCUCUUUGUGGCACUUGACGAUAUGACUGGGCAGUAGUCCAGGUGCGACAACUUGAGCCUGUAAGACUUGUUUUGUUGAUAGCAAUGUCAAGAAAGCAGAGUAUCGCUUUAUUACGGACAGAACUCUCACCAUCUUAGCUACCGUUGCAUCAAUAUGUUUUGACCAUGACAGUUUACAAUCCAGGGUUACACCAUGCAGUUUAGUCUGCUCAACUUGCUCAAUUUUCACAUUCUUCAUUACACGAUUUAGUUUAGGUUUUAGUGAAUGAUUUGUCCCAGAUAUAAUGCUUUUAGUAUUUGAAAUAUUUAGGACUAGCUUAUUACUUGCCACCCAUUCUAAAACUGACUGCAGCUCUUUAAGUAUUGCAGUGAUUUUACUUGCUGUGGUAGCUGACGUGCAUAGUGUUGAGUCAUCAGCAUACAUAGACACACAGGCUUUACUCAGAGCCAGGUCAUUAGUAAAGAUUGAACAAAGUAAGGGGCCUAAACAGCUAUCCUGGGGAAUACCCGACUCUACAUGGAUUGUUGGAGAGGCUUCCAUUAAAAAACACCCUUUGUGUUCUGUUAGACAGAACUCUCGAUCCACGAUAUAGCAGGGGAUGUAAAAUCAUAACACACAAGUUUUUCCAGUAGCAGAUUAUGAUCGAUAAUGUCAAAAGCUGCACUGAAGUCUAACAAAACAGCUCCAACAAUCGUAUUAUCCAUUUCUUUCAGCCAAUCAUCAGUCAUUUGUGUAAGUGCCGUACAUGUUGAGUGCCCUUCCCUAUCAGCGUGCCGAAAGUCAGUUGUUAAUUUGUUUACUGUGAAAUAGCAUUGUAUCUGGUCAAACACAUUUUUUCCCAAAAGUUUACUAAGGGUUGGCAACCGGUUGAUUGGUUAGCUGUUUGAGCCAGUAAAGGGUGCCUUGCUAUACUUGGGUAGCGGAAUGACUUUUGCUUCCCUCCAGGUCUGAGGGCACACACUUAACUGUAGGCUUAGAUUGAAGAGGUGGCAAUAUAGUCCGCUACCAUCCUCUAAUUUUCCAUCCAAGUUGUCAGACCCAGGUGGCUUGCCAUUGUUGAUAGACAACCAUUUGUUCAGCUCUUCCACACACAAUUUACAGAAUUCAAAAUUACAAUGUUUGUCUUUCAUAAUUUGGUCAGUUAUGUAUUGAUGUGUAUGUUCAGAAUUUGUGUUUGCAUGUCAUGCCUAAAUUUGCUAAUCUUGCCAAUUAAAAAAAUAAUUCAAGUAGUUGGCAAUAUCAGUGGGUUUUGUUAUGAAUUAGCCAUUUGAUUCAAUGAAUGAUGGAGCGGAGUUUGCCUUUUUGUAUUUUUAUUUAUUUAAGGUGCUCUAAAGCUUUUUACUAUCAUCCUUUAUAUCAGGGUCAUUCAUACAUCAGGGUCUUUGGGAUGGAGCUGUACUGGAUUGAUAGUUGGUAUAACCUGUGGCUGGUUUUGCUGUUUCUCUGUCAGCUGUGCCUUUGCAUACUGAUUAUGACGUCAGGCACAACCAUGUCCUUCACGAACAGCAUCAUCCUGGGCUUUGGAGUGGUCUGGGCCUGCCUUACCGCAGCCAUGGGGGCUAUCGCAGUGAGUAACAAAUAUCAAGAUAAUAAAAUAUGUAAUCUAAUAAUUAGGGUGCACUGCACAAGUGCAUAAACAGUAUGAGUAUGUAAAGAAUAGAACAUAAAUAUUUCACAAUGAAAGACUACACGAUACUAUUCAUAAAGUAUGUGAACUCAAUUAAAGGAAGGGUGGUGGAAAUAAUUAUGUUAACCUGUAAGCACUUAUCAAGCGCAUACAGUUGAAGUCGGAAGUGGUCCUCUGUAGCUCAAUUGGUAGAGCACUUCUGACCAUGGCGCUUGUAACGCCAGGGUAGUGGGUUCGAUCCCCGGGACCACCCAUACGUAAAAAUGUAUGCACACAUGACUGUAAGUCGCUUUGGAUAAAAGUGUCUGCUAAAUGGAAUAUUAUAUUAUAUUAUAGUAUUACAUACACUUAGGUUGGAGUCAUUAAAACUUGUUUCUUGUUAACAAACUAUAGUUUUGGCAAGUCUGUUAGGACAUCUACUAUGUGCAUGACACAAGUAAUUUUUCCAACAAUUGUUUACAGACAGAUUAUUUUACUUAUAAAUUCACUGUAUCACAAUUCCAGUAGGUCAGAAGUUUACAUACACUAAGUUGACUGUGCCUUUAACAUCUUGGAAAAUUCCAGAAAAUGAUGUCAUGGCUUUAGAAGCUUCUGAUAGGCUAAUUGACAUCAUUUGAGUCAGUUGGAGGUGUACCUGUGGAUGUAUUUCAAGGCCUACCUUCAAACUCAGUGCCUCUUUGCUUGACAUCAUGGGAAAAUCAAAAGAAAUCAGCCAAGACCUCAGAAAAAAAUUUGUAGACCUCCAAAAAUCUGGUUCAUCCUUGGGAGCAAUUUCCAAACGCCUGAAGGUAACACGUUCAUCUGUACAAACAAUAGUAUGCAAGUAUAAACACCAUGGGACCACUGAAAAAGCGUGUGCGAGCAAGGAGGCCUACAAACCUGACUCAGUUACACCAGCUUUGUCAGGAGGAAUGGGCCAAAAGUCACCCACCUUAUUGUGGGAAGCUUGUGGAAGGCUACCUGAAACGUUUGACCCAAGUUAAACAAUUUAAAGGCAAUGCUACCAAAUACUAAUUGAGUGUAUGUAAACUUCUUACCCAGUGGGAAUGUGAUGAAAGAAAUAAAAGCUGAAAUAAAUCAUUCUCUCUACUAUUAUUCUGACAUUUCACAUUCUUAAAAUAAAGUGGUGAUCCUAACUGACCUAAGACAGGGAAUUUUUACUAGGAUUAAAUGUCAGGAAUUGUGAAAAACUGAGUUUACAUGUAUUUGGCUAAGGUGUAUGUAAACUUCUGACUUCAACUGUACAUCAUGUAAAACAGGUUUAUCUGUCCUUUGUUCCAGGUUUUAAAAGAAGCCAAGUUGCUGGUUUGGGUCUUUGUCCUUCAGAAUGUGCCGGAGGUGGCCUACUUCGUGUACCUGAUGUACAGGGUGAGCUGUGAAAGCCAGUGGUUGAACUGAUCCCAAAUCAGGUCUUUAGGGAAAUUAUGGUGGAUGGUUGCUCUGAGAUGGACUUCAUAUGGUCUUCUGAUUUCAGAUCAGUGCACAUUGGGGGCAGGACAAGACGUAUACACUGGAGGCCGCUGCUGUGACUGGAGCGGUGAUCUCAGUGCUGAUCAAAGGCGUGCUUUUCGGGUCUCUCUUCCGAUUGGCGCGCAGCUUCGGCCAGGGCCUGAGGGAGAGGAGUGAGUAGAGUACUGCCUGUAUUUUUCCUUCACCUGUUCCACUCUGUUUACAAGGGGUCAGUAUACUCAGGCUAGACUAGAACAAGGCUCAUAGACGACACAAACAUUCAAUGUUUUGACACAUUGAAGGAGCAUUUGUAUUAACACUUUUUUGUUAUGGGCACAGUAAAACAGUCAUUCCAAGAACUUCUGACUGAAAUUGUGAAACAGACCUUCAACUACUUGUUUGUGUUGACUGUGUGAUACACCUUUCCAACUCCUUCAACUUUCCUUUAUAUACAGUGGGGGGAAAAAAGUAUUUAGUCAGCCACCAAUUGUGCAAGUUCUCCCACUUAAAAAGAUGAGAGGCCUGUAAUUUUCAUUAUAGGUACACGUCAACUAUGACAGACAAAAUGAGAUUUUUUUUCUCCAGAAAAUCACAUUGUAGGAUUUUUAAUGAAUUUAUUUGCAAAUUAUGGUGGAAAAUAAGUAUUUGGUCACCUACAAACAAGCAAGAUUUCUGUCUCUCUCAGACCUGUAACUUCUUCUUUAAGAGGCUCCUCUGUCCUCCACUCGUUACCUGUAUUAAUGGCACCUGUUUUAACUUGUUAUCAGUAUAAAAGACACCUGUCCACAACCUCAAACAGUCACACUCCAAACUCCACUAUGGCCAAGACCAAAGAGCUGUCAAAGGACACCAGAAACAAAAUUGUAGACCUGCACCAGGCUGGGAAGACUGAAUCUGCAAUAGGUAAGCAGCUUGGUUUGAAGAAAUCAACUGUGGGAGCAAUUAUUAGGAAAUGGAAGACAUACAAGACCACUGAUAAUCUCCCUCGAUCUGGGGCUCCACGCAAGAUCUCACCCCGUGGGGUCAAAAUGAUCACAAGAACGGUGAGCAAAAAUCCCAGAACCACACGGGGGGACCUAGUGAAUGACCUGCAGAGAGCUGGGACCAAAGUAACAAAGCCUACCAUCAGUAACACACUACGCCACCAGGGACUCAAAUCCUGCAGUGCAAGACGUGUCCCCCUGCUUAAGCCAGUACAUGUCCAGGCCCGUCUGAAGUUUGCUAGAGUGCAUUUGGAUGAUCCAGAAGAGGAUUGGGAGAAUGUGAUAUGGUCAGAUGAAACCAAAAUAUAACUUUUUGGUAAAAACUCAACUUGUCGUGUUUGGAGGACAAAGAAUGCUGAGUUGCAUCCAAAGAAUACCAUACCUACUGUGAAGCAUGGGGGUAGAAACAUCAUGCUUUGGGGCUGUUUUUCUGCAAAGGGACCAGGACGACUGAUCCGUGUAAAGGAAAGAAUGAAUGGGGCCAUGUAUCGUGAGAUUUUGAGGGAAAACCUACUUCCAUCAGCAAGGGCAUUGAAGAUGAAACGUGGCUGGGUCUUUUUAGCAUGACAAUGAUCCCAAACACACCGCCCGGGCAACGAAGGAGUGGCUUCGUAAGAAGCAUUUCAAGGUCCUGGAGUGGCCUAGCCAGUCUCCAGAUCUCAACCCCAUAGAAAAUCUUUGGAGGGAGUUGAAAGUCCGUGUUGCCCAGCGACAGCCCCAAAACAUCACUGCUCUAGAGGAGAUCUGCAUGGAGGAAUGGGCCAAAAUACCAGCAACAGUGUGUGAAAACCUUGUGAAGACUUACAGAAAAUGUUUGACCUGUGUCAUUGCCAACAAAUGGAAUAUAACAAAGUAUUGAGAAACUUUUGUUAUUGACCAAAUACUUAUUUUCCACCAUAAUUUGCAAAUAAAUUCAUUAAAAAUCCUACAAUGUGAUUUUCUGGAUUUUUUUUCUCAUUUUGUCUGUCAUAGUUGACGUGUACCUAUGAUGAAAAUUACAGGCCUCUCUCAUCUUUUUAAGUGGGAGAACUUGCACAAUUGGUGGCUGACUAAAUACUUUUUUUCCCCACUGUAUGAAAAGGUUUUGCCGGCGGCAGUCUCUACUUUUAUUUCUGCCAACCGACCAAGUCAUGAUUGCGGUAAAGCUCUGCCUAUGUAAAGCCAAUUUACGCUUGCUCCAGCGAUGCGAUCCAGAGGCUCUGUACGGAGGGUGUGACACAAUUGCGGAGCCCCCGGAGGCUUGCAGAGGCCAAAUUGAGCUCCAUACCGGAUCGCCGUGUGCUUCCCAAAUGUUUUAACAAUGUGGAGGACUCCAUAUAGCUCCGCAUUGACAUGAUUGGUUGACGGUAGGUGGGGGCAGGAGGUCCUGCAUAAAACACAAACUUACUUCCGUCACAACCGCUCUGCGAAGCAUGAAUGCCCUGACUUCUGCAGAGGUCGUAUCACCGUAAAGGCUGUACAGCCAAUGCAGAUGUCGGAUUGACCAUGCAGUGUCCCCAAUUUCGAUCUUGUCUCAUCGCUGCAACUCCCCAAUGGGCUCCUCGGGAGGUGAAUGUCGAGUCAUGCGUCCUCCGAAACAUGACCCGCCAAGCCGCACUUCUUAACACCCGCCCGCUUAACCCGGAAGCCAGCCGCACCAAUGUGUUGGAGGAAACACUGUUCAACUGAUGACCGAGGUCAGCCUACAGGAGGACCGCCACAAGGAGUCGCUAGAACGCGAUGAGUCAAGUAAAGCCCUAUGGGACUCCCGACCACAGCCGGUUGUGAUACAGCCUGGGAUCGAACCCGGGUCUGUAGUAACGCCUCUAGCACUGCCUUAGACCGCUGCACCACUCGGGAGGUCCAGUGUCUGUUUUAAUUAAGAAAAUAACUAUGGAUUUCAUGUGCAUGGCGUACUAUAGGCUGCACAGAGCAGUAACAUAAUUAAACUUUAAAUAUGCAAUUUUAUUCUUUUGAAAAUUCAUUUUAUUAGUAUUAUGUUUCUUAGGAAAUGCCUAAAACAAAUUAAUAAAUGGGACUGUAUGAAUUAGGUGCUAAAAAACAUUGCCUGAUUUAUAUAUAUUAUUUUACAGGCAACAUACCGUAAAUCUGUCUGUAAAGGGUAUGAGACUAGCUAAUCAGGGUACUUUCUCUCUCUCUCUCCAGUGUUUUCAUCGGACAAGCAGUAAGAUGCUGUCAUGAGAAGGAAGUGGCUACGGUUACACAAGACGGAUCAGCAACAAUUUCUCAAUUUUGUAACAACUCUGGUACUGACCAAUGUUUGAAGUUAGGAUCUAGAGGGAAUUGCCCUCAAAUGGCCAUUGGACUGGUCUGUUUUUACUAAAGAUAAUUUCACUGCAUGUGACAGACGUAAGUUACUGUAUCUGUCAUACUUCACUAACAGUUUAAGUAUAAAAUAAUCAGUUUACAAUGUUUGAUAGCUGAUGAUCACCACUGAUUUAAUGUAUUACAUGAGUCUACGACACACGGUUACUUUCAUCACAUUUUGCCUACUUCUGGAGGAUUCACCUCAGUAUGUUGGAUAAUGCUUACCCUUUAAUGUGCCUACAACAUAUACAGUGAGAUGUUAAGCUCUUUGGAGUCUGGAGAACCAGUUUACAAGGCCACAUGCACAAUCCAACUUCUGAAACAGCACUGAAAGAGCUACUGUAUGUAAAUCAAUGCAGAUAUUCUGCACAACGAUUUUCUUUUUAGGGUCACUUUGCUUUUACCAUAAUAAUUUCAACGGAUUAUCACUUUUACCUUAUUAUUCAAAGUGUGCUUGUAGUAAUAUAAACCAAAGAAAAUAUGCAGUGGUAUUCUAAUACAUCCAUUGGAAAUGGUGCCCUGUCUAUGAAAUGGUUUAUUUGAGAGAUUUUAUACUGCUAACUUUCUAUUUGCAUUAGAUUUUUUUUUUUUUAAUCUGUUUUGGUGAACAAGAUGUAUUAUUUUAUAUACAGUAGUAUGUUCCUAUGUAUUAACUUCUCUUGAUAUGUCCAUUGUCUAUGCACUGCACUAAAUAUCUUAGGUUGAAAUGAUUUUUAAUCUAUCAUUAAUUAAUCAUUGUUGAAAGCCAGUGAACAUUAUCUUUAUAGGUUUUUGCUGCACUUUAUUGAUUGGUUGACAACCCAUUAUUGUGUUUUUGUAAACUGCAGGUUCUCAAUAAAAUGACGAAACAAGUGUUGCAGUAAACUCCUUAAUAAUAAAAAAAAUUGGAAGAGAAGUGAACUGCUGGGAAAGAGCUUACUUCCUCAAAUAUUCAAUAAGUAAUAAAGCAUGUUAUGCUGUCUUUUUCCUUGUUCCCGUCACUUACAAAAAGAGGGGUCAAAUUCAUGUGACCUUGACAUGCAUGAAAUACAAUAACGUAGCAUCUGAAUAUUUCAACAAGGAAUCACCCCCCAAAAAUUAACACCUUCCACAAUUCAUUGGCUCAUUAAUAUAUUACUAUGUAUUAACUACUCUCGACAUAUCCAUUUUAAAUGCACUGUAAAAAAUGUAUUAAUCUUUAUAAUGAUUAAAAGUUGAUCACAUUGCUGAAAGCCAGUUAACACAUGAUUACCUAUUUGGGAAUUGCAGUAAACUCCUUUGUUGCUUAAUAAAUAAAUACAAAUGCAGGAAGAGAAGUGCACUGCUGUGAAAGAGAGAUUACUUCCUCAAAUGUGGAUUCUAUUUUUCUUUGUUCCUGGACACACAAAAAAAGCGGUAAAAUUCAUUGGAUGACCAACAUGUAGCAAAUUCAUGUUUCAACAAGGCUCACAGAAUAAAACCAAAACAAUUGAAAAUGAACAUGUUCUGACAAUACAUUGGCUCGGUUUAUUACAGUGCUCUGGAAAAAUAGAAUUCCUUUCAGAAACAAUAUUUACAAAAGAGUGAUAGGCUCUCAGAGUUAUAGAAGUCUACAAAACAAAGUUAAAAGUGAGAAGCACUUAAAGAGAAGAACUGACAUAGAAAGAACAAUAAGAAUAAGGUCCUUCAUCCAAAAGGACCCA